GUGUCAUAAACUGAAAUACGGACAUCUUUUUUUUGUAAAUUAGUCUUCGCAAACACGACGGCGUCUUAGGCUAGUCUUGUCCAUUGGUUUAUACACACAAAGCAUCAAAAUGGCGCAGCAAUUUGUAGAGAGUCAAAUAAAAGGAGACAAAGUGGUUUUGUUCAUGAAGCCCACAUGCUCUUUUUGUAUCUUGGCGAAAGACGUGUUGUCAAAGUACAAAUUUAAAGAAGGCCACCUGGAGUUCAUCGAUAUCAGCAAGCGAAAGGACAUGGGCUGCAUCCAGGAUUACUUCCUGGAGAAAACUGGAGCCAGGACCGUACCCCGUGUGUUCAUUGGGGAGGAGUGCAUUGGGGGUGGCAGCGAUGUGGAUGGUCUGGACAGGAGUGGCAAGUUACAGGAAAUGCUGGGGGCAAUCGGAGCCUUGCAGUGAUGAACACAUGCUUGGUAGGUUACAGAGGACACCUUACUGCUGCCUCCAUGUCAUUCUCUCGGGUUUGGUGUUUUUAAGCUGCUGGUCCUGGUCACAUGACUGUGCAGCGCAGUCUCCGGACCUGAACGCGUUGCCUGAAUUCAGCGAGCUCCUGCACGUACCGGCUGGAGGGCCACCUAUGCUUCUCUACGAAAUCCCUCUCAUCCUCUGAAACAGAAUGAGACAUCAUGCAGUGGGGAGGGGGUGACGACCCACAGCAGCCUAACAACAAAUCCCUUCCAAAUAAACCUCGAUUUGAAGUUA